AUGCCAUCAUCUCCAAUUGCUCAAGGCAAAACAAAAGCCAUAUAUGCUAUUCCCAGUGAUGAAAACAAAGUUUUGGUUAAAAGUUUGGACAGUUUAACAGCCUUCAAUGCUCAACGCAAAAACGAACUCGAAGGAAAAUCUGCAGCUGCUUCCAAAACGACAUGCAACAUCUUUAGAUACCUUAACUCUUGUGGUAAGUGUUUUUAAUCCAUAAAAUAUUUAUAAUAUAUAGUUUCAAAUAUUUGGCGCUGGCACAAAUGCGGUUUUUGGACAUUUGCGGAUCUGCGGUUUUUAGACACUUGCGGAUCUUCGGUUUUUGGACGCUUGCGGAUUUUGGACAUUUGCGGAUUUUUUAAAGGAUUUUUUUAUUUUUUAGUUAAUUUAGUUGUAUUGUGGUACUAAAUUGUACUAAAGUUUGAAUUGGUACGGUUUUAACAUAACAGUACCAUUUUGGGCUUUUAGUACUAUUUAGUACCAAAAAUAUAAAAACAGUACCGAUUAAAAAUUUAGUACUAUUUAACAUUAAGAAAUAUUAAGACAGUGCCAAUUUAAACUUUAGUACCAUUUAGUACCAUACUACAACUAAAUUAAAUAAAAAAUAAAAAAACCCCUUUAAAAAAUCCGCAAAUGACCAAAAUCCGCAAGUGUCCAAAAACCGAAGAUCUGCAAGUGUCUAAAAACCGCAGAUCCGCAAAUGUCCAAAAACCGCAUUUAUCCUAGCGCCAAAUAUUUAAUUAAAAUCUCCUUUUAAUUUCGCUUUCUUAAAGCUUUUUUAUUCUACCAAAAUUACAGGAGUUAAAACCCAUUUCAUCAGAGAAGUUUCUGACACUGAAUUUGAAGCCUUAAGCUGCCAAAUGAUCCCUAUUGAAUGGGUAGCUCGCCGAAUUGCUACAGGAUCGUUCUUAAAAAGAAAUCCCGGUGUUAAAGAAGGCUACACAUUCACUCCACCUCAAAUCGAAACCUUCUUCAAAGACGACGCAAAUGACGAUCCACAAUGGAGCCGUGCCCAAAUCCUCGAAGCCGGCUUCAAAUUUAACGGCCGAAAAAUUACAAUUCAUGAAUACAAUUGGAUGAGCCGUGCCACAUCAGUAAUAUUUCGUAUAUUAGAAAAAGCAUGGCGAACGGUGGGAUGUGUGUUAGUGGACAUGAAAAUUGAGUUUGGCGUGACCAAGAAAGGCGAUCUUGUCUUAGCCGAUGUCAUUGACAAUGACAGCUGGAGAGUAUGGCCUAAUGGAGACCGUCGACUUCAGUUGGACAAGCAAGUCUACCGUGACCUGCCCCAAGUUACCGAUGAAGCAUUGAGAGAAGUAAAGAAAAACUACGAAAGGGUCGCCGAAUUGACAGCAGACUUUGCUGAUUCUGCCAAAACCCCGAAUGUAGAAGCGAUCAUUGUGAUGGGCUCUGCAGCUGAUGCAGAAUAUGGGAAGAAAAUUGCUUCUGGACUUAGAAAACUAGGUGUCAUACCAACAAUUCGCGUAUGCUCGGCCCACAAGUCGACCACAGAAGCACUAGAACUAAUUGGAGAGUUCGAAAAUGGCGCUGCUCCCUGUGUACUAGUCGCAAUUGCUGGCAGAUCCAAUGGCUUGGGUCCAGUACUGGCUGCAAAUUCUAUUCUACCAGUAAUCAAUGCUCCUCCCUUUAGUGCUGAUUGGGCUGCUCAAGAUGUGUGGAGUUCAUUGAGAAUGCCCAGUGGAGUUGGCUGUGCCACCGUUCUUGGUGCUGAUGAAGUUGCAUUAGCCGUGGCUAAGAUCUUGUCUUCACAUAGUCAUUUUGUUCAUGGGAAGCUGCUUGGAAAUCAACUACAUAACAUUCAAAAGAUUUUUGUAAGUGAAAUUCCGGUUCCGUUAUAAAGCCGCACGUGAUUAACUUUUGCCUUCAUUGAUUAAUCGGGAAUCACAUUAAAGGUGAAAAAUAGCAACAAAAGACAACGUCGAAACUUAAAAUAUUCAAAACUCGUAAUACGAUAUUCUUUUUUCAGGAUUCGGACCAAGAAAUUGCCAACCUAUCUCUUUGA